GCGGCAGCUAUGCAAAUGCAAGCUUCCCAGAAGCGUAGGUUUGUGGAUGCGGCGUUGGAUGCCAAGGAGGCAGCGCCUGCGGCGGCGACUGCAGGGCAGGCGGCGGGGCCAAUAAAUGCCGAGGAGGCAGCGCCUUUGGCGGUGGCGACGCAAGCUUCCAAGAAGCGUAAGUCUGCGGCCGUGGCGUUAAAUUACAAGGUGCCAGCGCCUGACACGGUGACUGCAGUUGAGGUGACGGCGGCGCCAUUGCAAGCAUCCAACAAAUGUAAGUUCCAGAUCAUCGAUGUGGACCAAGAUCCACCACAGAGCAGAGACGUCGAUGAUGCGGGGAGUGUCGAUCACAUUGGCCGCCUCCCGGACGCCGUACUCUGCAGUAUAGUCUCUCUUCUCCCCACCAAGGAAGGUGCCCGCACGCAGGUCAUCUCUCGCCGGUGGCGUCCGCUCUGGCGCUCUGCUCCUCUCAACCUCGUGAUGAACCAAGAACUCAACAGCAACAACCACAAUUUGGGCGACUUGAUUCCAAAGAUCCUCUCUGUGCAUCCUGGCCCCGCACGCCGCUUCUCGCUCUGCCUCUCUAAUAGCAAGUAUCAUGGCAAGAUCAAGGGCUGGCUUAGUUCCCAAGCCCUGGACAGGCUACAGGAGUUUGAGCUCAUCCCCGAGCGUUGGUUCGACGUCAGGGGUAUUUUCUACCUGCUGCCAUCGUCUGUCUACCGCUUCGCGCCCACGCUCCGUGUGGCCAAAUUCGGCGCCUGCCGUUUCUCCAAUUUGAUUGUGAAGCUGUCGCUCAAGUUUCCGUGCCUCAAGCAGCUCACCCUGGAUAGAGUCACCAUCUCGGAGGAUGCUCUCCACAGCGUGCUCUUUGGCUGCUCUGCCUUGGAAAGCCUUGAGCUAAAUAAAAAUUCUGGCUUUGGUCGCCUCUGCAUCAGCUCCCAAACUCUUAAGAGUAUAGGCUUUUGCACUAACCAGUUUAGUGUCCCUUUCCAAAAGUUGGUCAUCAAGGAUGCCCCGUGCCUUGAGAGAUUGCUACCACUUGAACCACGGGUUGGCCCAAGGACCAUACGGGUAAUCUCGGCACCUAGACUGAACAUAUUGGGUGUGCUCUCUACAAGCAUAACAGAACUUCAGCUUGGAACCACAGUUUUCCGGAGUAUGAUUGCUGUUGGCUUGACAACCAAAAUGCAGAGCGUGAGGGUGUUGGUUCUUGACUACACUAAUCUGGAUAUAGUGGUUAACUUCCUCAAGUGCUUCCCCUGCUUAGAGAGGCUGCAUGUCUUUUUCCGGUUCCAGAAGAUGAGUUAUAAUAAUCGGGGGGAGUAUGACCCACCGGAACCGAUUGAAUGUCUUGAGCUGCAUCUCAAAGAAGUAUUGUUUAAGAAUUAUGACAGCACCGUCCCUUUGUGUAUUGACUUCGCCAAGUUCUUUGUUUUGAAUGCGAAAGUGCUAAAGGAAAUGAAAAUCACAUUGCCUUACCACCGGCAGUACAACUGGUUUGCUAAUCAACACCGGCUGCUGCGGACCAAAGAUAGAAUUUCUCAAGAUGCUCGGAUUGAACUGAGAUGCGGCAAUAAUGUUUAUUUCAGAGACAACAGGAACACCCAUGAUUUGUCAAUGGCUGAUCCUUUUGACGUGCCCUCCAGCGGAUGCAAAAAGUGCAGUGGAUCCCCAUUUUGAAGAUUGCCUUGUCUAGUGUUCAAAGCCCAACUUUAUGUCGCUGCUUUUGUUUCUAGCCUGACGCUCAAAGAUAGGAUCUACUUCACUCAGUGAUGGAAUGUUUUGUGGCCUACUCAGAAUUAUACCUGGUGGCGGAGGAGGUGGUGUCUAAGCUCAGGCUGCAAAUCUGAACUUGCCGCUUGAAGGGGUUUGUCAGUAGUUUAUUUUAUAUGUGUUUUUGUGCUUGUUUAGAUCUGUAAUGCUUAGUUAGUUGUGGUAAUCUGUUUUGUUGUUUGGUCCUGUAAUUUAAGCUGCUGACAGAAGCAGCUAGUACUAUUAUUAUCUACUGUAUCCUAUAACUCGCUUUAGUGAAAAAGGAUGUUUCAUGCCUUCUGUCUCAAAUUUAUCCCUUUGCAAUUCAUGACAGAAUGUUUGCAACCUUGUUUCUGCUAGUUUCAGUGAAUAAUGCAUCUUUGGUUUGUAGAAGUGUUUAUUUAUCAUUUCUGCUUUCAGGUGAUAAUUUGGUGUCAUGAAACCAUGUAGUGGUCUAGCUUACUUGAUUUUUCCUUCUCUGCAUAUACGCAAUAAUAUUACUUACUGAUUUGUGCUGCAGCAUCUAUACUCAUCACAUUGGUUUUUAGGCCGCCUAUUAGUUACUGUAGUAUAUAUAGUUCAGCAAUAUGGAUAUUUUUCUAUGAUCGUAUCUCUGUAUGUCUAUAUGGUGUAUCUCUAUAUGGUACAGGGGUAUACGGUAUUACCCUUAGUUGGCACUUGCCCGUAGUGACCUUGCAUCGGCAACAAGAAGCUAUUUCAUGUUAAUAAUUAGUAUUGGCAGCUACUGGUUUUUGCCAGCUUUGUAAUUCCUCAAGAAAUGUUUGGUCUGUUACACAGUUUUUGUGUGUUAAUAAUCCUUUUCCGUUUGGUAAUUUCAUUGUCAUGGUUAUCAUUACCAGCCUGCAUACAUACGUAUAUCCUCUGUUUUUUUUUGAGUGAUCUGGGUGUUGUAUUCAUUUAAUGAACACAUGCCACUUUUGAAGUCAUACAGGCUUGAAAACACACAGGUUGAACCUGACACCUGCCCCGUUCCGUUAGCUUGCUUGGAUUUUUUUUUUUUGAGUUGGCUCUGCAUCGAAUUAUCCAUUUUCGUCUUCAUUCAUAUCUAUACUGCAGCACUAGUAACAUGCUCUGUGGGAAUGGUUUUUUUAUUUGAGCAUCCUAUACUGAGGCAAAGCACAUUUUGUGAUUUUCUUCUAGUAUUAACCAGCAAUACCUGCUUAAUGUUUCCAUGGUAGGGUGAGGCAUUGAGCAGUGCGAAUUCAGAGGCGUAGCGGCCUCAACAUAGGGGAUCAGCUUACUGGCAGGUGAGAAGGAAGCUGUGAGAUCAUCAUGUGAAAGACACGAAGGAAGCUGUGAUGUUUGACGAGGACACUAGGUUUUCUGGACGAAGAAGAUGAAGCUGCAACGGUGGAAUGUGUUAAGAUCUGAAAUGCAGUUGACAGUGAGAUAAGAGUUGAUACCUGCUGAGGUUUGUUCCACUCGAAUCUCUGCCGAUUAAUAAAGCGAACCAGAAUUGGAUUUCGAUGCCCCGUCACUGGACCGGCAGUAUGAUUUCACUCCGAUGGUUUAAAUUCUCACAGUAUGCUUGUAUUAGGUGCAGUAGAAUUCCAGAGAUUUAAGGAGGAUUAUUUGAUGGGAUGCAGACAAAUGAUGCGGGUUGCUUGAGGUGUGGAAUUCUAUACUAUCUCCGUAACUAAAUAUAAGACGUUUUUGCAGUUCAGUAACAUGUACAGGCAUGGGUGUGUAUGUAUCGAGGUCACAUCCCAGAAAUGUGUGGCUUGGAUGGAGUCUGAAGAUGGAAACUGGGACCUGAAAUUGAAAUGCAAACAGCCAAACAUGAUGUUUUAUUACAUACAGAUACAGUGCAUAUAUAUGAUCCAGGUUAACCUGGGAGUUUGCUGUUUC